CCCCCUCCGGGCUGGACCGCGGAUGGUACGUUCCGCACGUGAGCUGGGUGCUGGUCUGGCCGGCGACGCGCGUGCCCUGUGGCCAAACACUGCCCGGAGUGAGAGCAAACUACCAGCGCAGUGGGGCCGGCGCGAGUGUGCGUGCGUGUGUGUGCGUGUGUGUGCGAGAGAGCGAGCACGGUGGGAGGAGGGGACCAACCGCUUCACACUUUCAACGCUGCACUGAAGAGGGAGAGAGAGAGAGAGACUGGAGACGUACAGAUCCCCCCAAGAUCUCCCAAAGCUACCGUCCCACAGAUUAUAGGACAGAACCCCAAAAAUCGAAACAGAGGAAACGGACAGCGGUGGAACAUGGACGAAGGAAUUCCUCAUUUGCAAGAGAGACAGUUACUGGAACAUAGAGAUUUUAUAGGACUGGAUUAUCCCUCUUUGUAUAUGUGUAAACCCAAAAGGAGCAUGAAGCGAGACGAUAGCAAGGAUACCUACAAAUUACCGCACAGAUUAAUAGAAAAGAAAAGAAGAGACCGAAUUAAUGAAUGCAUCGCUCAGCUGAAAGACUUACUGCCUGAACAUCUAAAGUUGACAACUCUGGGGCACCUGGAGAAAGCGGUGGUCUUGGAAUUAACUUUGAAACACUUAAAAGCUUUAACAGCCUUAACAGAGCAGCAGCAUCAGAAGAUAAUUGCUUUACAGAAUGGGGAGCGAUCUCUGAAAUCGCCCAUUCAGUCCGACUUGGAUGCGUUCCAUUCGGGAUUUCAAACAUGCGCCAAAGAAGUCUUGCAAUACCUCGCCCGGUUUGAGAGCUGGACGCCCAGGGAGCCGCGGUGUGUCCAGCUGAUCAACCACUUGCACGCCGUGGCCACUCAGUUCUUGCCCACCCCCCAGCUGUUGACUCAACAGGUUCCUCUGAGCAAAGGCACCGGCGUGCCCUCGGCCGCCGCCCCCGCCGGGUCCGGGGCCGCCCCCUGCCUGGAGCGCGCCGGGCAGAAGCUGGAGCCCCUCGCCCACUGCGUGCCGGUCAUCCAGCGGACUCAGCCCAGCGCCGAGCUCGCCGCCGAGAACGACACGGACACCGACAGCGGCUACGGCGGCGAGGCCGAGGCCCGGCCGGACCGCGAGAAGGGCAAAGGCGCGGGGGCGAGCCGCGUCACCAUCAAGCAGGAGCCUCCCGGGGAGGACUCGCCGGCGCCCAAGAGGAUGAAGCUGGAUUCCCGCAGCGGCGGCGGCCUGGGGGGCGGCGCGGCGGCGGCGGCGGCCGCGCUCCUGGGGCCCGACCCGGCCGCCCCGGCCGCGCUGCUGAGACCCGACGCUGCCCUGCUCAGCUCGCUGGUGGCGUUCGGCGGAGGCGGCGGCGCGCCCUUCGCGCAGCCUGCGGCCGCCGCGGCCCCCUUCUGCCUGCCCUUCUACUUCCUCUCGCCUUCGGCGGCCGCCGCCUACGUGCAGCCCUUCCUGGACAAGAGCGGCCUGGAGAAGUACCUGUACCCGGCGGCGGCCGCCGCCCCGUUCCCACUGCUGUACCCCGGCAUCCCCGCCCCGGCCGCCGCCGCCGCCGCCGCCGCUGCCGCCGCCGCCGCCGCCGCCUUCCCCUGCCUGUCCUCCGUGUUGUCGCCCCCUCCCGAGAAGGCGGCAGCCGCCGCCGCCGCCGCGACCCUCCUGCCGCACGAGGUGGCGCCCCCUGGGGCGCUGCACCCCCCACCCCCGCACGGCCGCACCCACCUGCCCUUCGCCGGCCGCUGCGAGCCGGGGAACCCGGAGAGCUCCGCUCAGGAAGAUCCCUCGCAGGCAGGAAAGGAAACCCCCUGAAUCCUUGCUCCCCUUAGAAGGGACCCGGGUUCACGCGGAAUCAUAAUAAAACACCCUUAACGUUUUCAAGGGAGGAAAUGUAAGAGAUGCACGACGGGCUUAAAAGAAAACAAAACAAAACAAGCAAAAAAAACCACAGGUGUUUUGUGUACGUUUGGAGUUCCUGUUUUGCUCAUCCCUCACCGCCCACCAACCUCCACACACUAACAUCCCUUUCUUCUCCCACCAGUUGUAAAAGAACCUCAUAGGUAUUCUUUUUUCUUUAAAGAGCUCACCAUAGUAAGUUUUGCCUUCUUUUAGGCCACGUUCCAUUGUCUUUUAAAAUAUAAAAUAUAGAACCGAAUUCUCGAGGAAGUGAGAAGGGUCUGCUCUGCGAGUGAGCUCGCUGAACCAGGGUAAGGGAAAGGUGGCGGCGGAGCUGACGUGGAACCGCAGGUAGCGGCUGUCUGCCUGCGUCUCAAAGCUGUCCUGCUUGCUUUAGGAAGAUUUCCACAACUAGAAGGAGGACCUUUUAGAAUUCAACUUAGUCUUCACUAUUUUAUAAUGUUCAGCUUUUCAAAAGGCGUAUAUUUUUCAAAGAGGAAGAGGUGAGGAUGCAGUCGCUCACUUUGCAGCCUAUUCUGAAGUGGUUUGAAUGGUGUCUCUUAGUAACUUGCGCUUGUUUAAAGAGAUGCGGAGUUGGGCCAACGUCAGAACUAAGUCAGGGAAGGAGAUGGAUGAGGAAGGCCAGAGUCAUUCUCAGUACAUUUGCUAGCACUUUAUUGAGAAAUUGACCAUGAAUGAAUUAACUCAUCUUAAUUUCAUAUAUAUAUAUAUGAAAUUGAGUGCAUCUAUUUUCACCCUGUCAUUAUUUAAUCCAUCAUGUUUCUAAGUUUGUAUCAUCUUGGUGUUAAAAAACAAAAAAAAAGAAUGUGCACUGAACUUUAAAGAAAAAAAAAGAAAAGAAAACAAGUCCGAACUGAUUUAUCCUGUAUUCUGUUAAUUCACAAGAGUGGAGGAGGAAAGCAUUAAACUGGUCCGUUUGGGUUGGAAAUGCUGUAAAGAUGUGGAAUGAAGCCCUGUGAGGCCUUCCUAUCUCCAAGUCUAUGUAUUUUCUGGAGACCAAACCAGAUACCAGAUAAUCACAAAGAAAGCUUUUUUAAUAAGGCUUAAACCAAGACCUUGUCUAGAUAUUUUUAGUUUGUUGCCAAGGUAGCACUGUGAGAAAUCUCACUUGAAUGUUAUGUAAGGGGUGAGACACAACAGUCUGACUAUGAGUGAAGAAAAUAUCUGGGUCUUUUAGUCAGUUUGGUGCAUUUGCUGCUGCUGUUGCUACUGUUUGCCUCAAACGCUGUGUUUAAACAACGUUAAACUCUUAGCCUACAAGGUGGCUCUUAUGUACAUAGUUGUUAAUAACAUCCAAUUAAUGAUGUCUGACAUGCUAUUUUUGUAGGGAGAAAAUAUGUGCUAAUGAUAUUUUGAGUUAAAAUAUCUUUGGGGGAGGAUUUGCUGAAAAGUUGCACUUUUGUUACAAUGCUUAUGCUUGGUACAAGCUUAUGCUGUCUUAAAUUAUUAAAAAAAAUAAAUAAACACUGUCUGCAAGAAA